GAACAUCAAUCGGCGGGAGUAACUAUAAAACGCAUGCUCCGUACACGUUCAUUCAUAAUUUUGUGCUUACUCCACACGUGCAAUCAUGGAACUCACAAAGCAGGCGAUAUACUUAACUGCUCUUGCAGCAACCUUCUGCAUUCUCUCAGUUGAAGCUGAGGAAAAGAUCGAGAAGAAAUCGGCCGAAACAGAAACCAAAAACGAUCUUCAGCCGGAGGCUUCAGCACGAUUCUUUGGCUAUGGAGAUAAUUACGGUAGCGGCUACGGUGGAUACGGCAAAUACGGCGGAUACGGUGGUUACGGCACCGGUUACGGUACAGGAUACGGGGGCGGUUACGGAGGUGGUUACGGAGGCGGUUACGGAGGCUACGGUGGUAGCUACGGUGGAUACAGAGGUUACCCAGGCUACGGCAGUUACGGCGGUAGCAGCUACUACAACAGGUGGAACCCCAGUUACAACAGGUACGGUGGUUACGGAGGCUAUGGAGGCUACGGAGGCUACAACAACUACGGCGGAUACGGAAGCGAGUAUCUCGGCACCGGCUACGGAGGUGGAUACGGUGGAUACGGAGGUUACAAUGGAUAUCGUGGAGGAUACGGUGGCUAUGGUGGCUAUGGAAGCAAUGGCGGUUACGGAAGUUACGGAGACUACAACAGUUGGUAAAACUAACAGUUUUGACGAUAUGAACAAUUCUUCUCCAGGUCUCUGCGCUACAAGUUGCUAUUUACUGCCAUUUUUCGCAUUCUUCCUAAAAAUCAUCAUGAGGGUAAAACUGAUAUGUUUGGUCAUUUCACAUGUGAAAAUAAGUAUUUCCUCCCCGAAAUUGUUUUUAAACUGACGCUUGCAGUCUUUACUAGUCACUAUCAUCAAUGUUCAAUCGCUCUCUUUCCUCCUUCUUCCCUCCCCUUAUGAAUGGUUAUUUUAAGAAAGUACUUUGAGAUCUCCUAUGGAAUUACGUCUAUGCUUUGUAGACUAUUCCAAUAAAUAGAAAACCUACAAAGAUCCGAACCAGAGAAUGUAGACAAAGUUUUUUGUUCCUAGCCUCUACAUCUACAAACUCACUAAAUUAUCCACAUACAUUAUGCAGCAGAUUUACUCUACAUCCUUUGAUAAGUCUCACAUUCGAAACCCCUCAUUAAAUAUUGAAGCAGGGUACUCAAGGGGCGAUUUUUUUUUCUUUUUUCGUUCUUGCGAUUGCCAUUCUCACAAUCCCUCUAUACUCUUGUGAACCACACAGAAA